AUGGUCCUCUCUUUCAUUCUGGUUCAGAACCGUCAAGGCAAGACUCGCCUUGCGAAGUGGUACGCACCGUACACGGAUGAAGAGAAGGUCAAGUUGAAAGGCGAGGUCCACCGUCUCAUCGCCCCUCGUGAUCAAAAGUACCAGUCCAACUUUGUCGAAUUCCGCAGCGCGCCCAGCAGUGGCGGUUCUUCUUCUUCCUCGUCGUCGCAGCCCCUCGUCCGACAGAAUCUGUCCUCGACCAAGAUCGUGUACAGACGGUACGCAGGUCUGUUCUUCUGCGUGUGUGUCGACGCCAACGACAACGAGCUGGCGUACCUUGAAGCGAUCCAUUUCUUCGUCGAAGUGCUGGACCAGUUCUUUGGGAACGUGUGCGAGUUGGACCUCGUCUUCAACUUUUACAAGGUCUACGCUAUACUCGACGAGGUCUUCUUGGCCGGCGAGAUCGAAGAGACCAGUAAACAGGUUGUGUUGACCAGGCUGGAACACUUGGAUAAGUUGGAGUGA